AUGACAGCCAUAGAGAACAUUGCCUGGUCUGAAUUACUGAAGGACCCCAUUGUCACAGCUGAACAUGGUAAUGACGGCAACUGCAUUGCCACGGCAACCGAGACUCUACAGCAAACAGCCCACCAACUCGUCGAGGUGCUCAAUGAACGUGCGAGACUUUUAGCCAACAGUGCUCAAUUCGACGCGGCUUUACGGGAUGCAGCAGCUAUACGAGCCAUAUUACCAGGAUCAGGGCUUGGAUACUUGUGUACAGGAGAUGUGUAUUGUCAACAAGGUCAUAAUGCAGCAGCGAUUUCCAUAUAUGAUCAAGGGCUUGAAGCAGUGCCUGAAUCGGAUGCCUAUUAUCAGCAGCUUCAGCAACAUCGGAUGGCAGCAAUAAACAUCAGCAACAAACGUGUCGACUUCAUCAGCCGGUUACCAUUCGAUAUCGUUACCACCAAUAUUAUACCAAGGAUGGAACCAAAGUUAUAUUCGCAUUCGUUGUAUGGGCCUCUUUAUGUAUCGCAUGCAUGGCAGGAGCGUUUCUUACACCAACCUAACGGCUUGGACUUUGAUUUCGGCAAAGAGACGACCACUUUGAUGACGGGUCAUGAUCAACUUGUUCGGUUUGCACCCCGUGUUCAAAAGUUAAAAGGCAAAAUGGUGGGUGAUACCCGUUUGGAUGAUCUCUUUUCUCGGACGCACUUUUCCAAUCUUAAGGACUUACAUAUACACUGUGAUUUUAAAACCCGUGAUUAUCCAGUAUUACAUGGCCUACAACUGAUUUCUGAUUCAUUGACGCACUUGACCAUUGCUGGGUAUCAGAAAUUCGAAUUACGCGAUAUCUUGGAAUCAUGCCCAAACCUUGUGUCUCUGGACGUGGAGCGUGCAUAUCCUCUUAUGUCUUCACCGGUGUCAUCAUGUUAUCCCAAGAUCACGCACCUGGCACUUAAUGACGUAUUGAAUGAAGCCCGCAGUCAUGAUGAUAUGAUUGGUGUCCUCAGUCGGUUUCCUUCGUUGUUGUCAUUUAAAAUUACGCCAAUGCCCAACUCCAGCAUCUUGUCGAUCCUACACGAGUAUUGCCCUUAUCUACAGGUCCUUUAUUACGGGUACAGAAGUUAUUCAUCAAAGAAAACUGAUGUUUCACCGAAUCGAAAGGGCGUUAAGUUGGCUGAUUUUGGAGAAGAGUAUGACAAUGGGUCCAUUAUGCAAGGUGACCUUGUACGAUUCCUCUAUUCGAAUCGGAAUUCAUUGGAAGCGAUUGAAUUUGGCUCUCCUUUUGAGGCAGGCGAUUUCGAUUGGGGUUUGGUGAAUGAUAUUGCACCAGAGACUUCAUUCAUGCAACUGGUCAGCAUCAAUUUUACGCAUGGCAUGCCAACUUUAUCUUCUGUUGUUGUUGCAUGGUUGAUAUCGAACGCUCCCAACCUCGAAGACAUCGGUCUCCAUGAAUUGUAUAUUAAACCCAAUGUCGCAAACGCCAUGAUCAAGUUGAAGCAUCUUUCCAAGUUAUAUAUUAAUCAGGGAUAUAAGGAUGAUGACGAUGACGACGAAGGCAUGAUUCAGUUCUUGGAGUAUCAUAUUGGAAUGGGCAAUGGGUCAACGCUCGAAGAAAUCACCAUAGCCACCUCAACGUUGAAGGCUGAGACAACGUGGAUACCUUUAAUUGCCAGGCUACAAUGUCUCAAAAAAUUGGAAUUGCUCGCUCUUUCCAUUCACAACGACUGCUUACCAGCAAUGGAAACGAUAAGUCAAGGCUGCCAAGCUCUAGAAGAUUUAACUCUUGGUUGGCGUACUGGUUGUCACGAUUUUGGUCUCGGCGUCAUUUCCUCGUUCUCUCAACAUUCGAAUCUUAAAUACCUUACUAUUGGCUCUUCAAGGACCGUAGAUCCUUCCGACCUUGUGAUUAUGGUCACAUUUCCCAGCUUAGAGCGUCUCUACCUUCACUGUGAUGUUCCAACAAAUAUAAUGAAUGUUUUGCGUAAGCAUAUAUCGAAAAUCGCGAUAAAUAAAGUAUAA